AGUGCCAUGUAUAGUCCAUUUUCAUGUACCUGUUUGCUACUCCGUGAUAGUCUAUUUGCUGAUUUUGUAUUUGUUUUAAUUUCUCGUGGCGGGAGUUGGUUCACAGAGUUACAGGAUCACGGAUAGUUGAUUUGAGUUAACAUAGUGUCCACUCCGUGAUAGUCUAUUAGCUGAUUAUUGAAAGCAGCCAAUAUGUCAGGAAGGUCAGGAAGUUUGUUAGCUCUUGUGCAGUUAGUAGGAAAUUGAAGAGGAAGAUGGCGGGUGAAAUAGACCACUUUAAUUCAUAUACAUUCUUUCGACCUGUUAAACCAAAUAGUAAAGCUAAUGUACUGGAAUGCCGUGUGUGUGAAGAUGUCUUUGGGCUUCAAGGCGAUAAAGUUCCUCGACUUUUGUAUUGUGGCCAUACAGUAUGCCAUGCCUGUUUGCUUCGUCUUCCUCUGAGAGACAAUGCGGUGCAAUGCCCCUUUGACAGACAACCCACACCAGUUGGGAAUUCAGGUGUUUGGGGACUGAAAAAGAACUUUGCACUGUUGGAAUUAUUGGAAAGACUACAGUAUACUCAUGAAAGGGCAACCGUUUUGUACACUGCAGAUGUAUUGGAAAAAGAACGCCAGUUGUCAGUUCUGUGUGAUGAGAAUGAACAGCAUACAGCAGUUCUCUACUGCACUGUGUGCACAUCACAUCUUUGUGAGGAAUGCUCAGAAUUGACUCAUGCUACUCGUACACUUGCAAGGCAUCGUAGGGUGCCUCUCUCUGAUAAACCUCGUGAGAAGCCGAAAUGCCCGUCACAUCCUUCACAUGUUGCUGAAUUUACAUGUUUGGAAGAUGACUGUCAAACACUGCAGUCUGGACCGGGGCCCAUAAUGUGUUUUAUAUGUAAGGAUUAUGGUCGUCACAAGAACCAUAAGCAUGCGUUAGUAGAAACAGAAGCUGAGAACAUCAGAGUGACCGUCAUAAAUGCUGUCCAGCAUAUGAGAAAAUUUAUGGAAGAAAUAAGUGAAACUAUGCGCAAAUUGGAACAAGUAGUUCAGCGCUUGGAAGGUACAGGAGGAGAGGGAGGAACAGCUGAUAUAGCUCGUGCACUUGUUCAGACGUACUUCCAUCAACUGCUUGAAACACUACAGCUGCAGGAGGCUGCUGCCAUGACUGCAGUGGACAGAUAUGUAAGGGAAAGACUGUGCUCAUUGCGGCAACUUCAGGAAGAUUUAGCAACAUCACUUUCACAGGUGGCUGGUGUUUGUGUUCAAUGUGAACAAACUAUACAGCAAGAUGAUACUCGAGUCUUGGCAGCUGCUAGAGAAAUCAAGGAGGCUUUGAGCUCAGUUGAGAAACAGCAGCAACAAUAUUCUGAGCUGAGCCCAGAACAGCUGCAAUCUGACCCCAGCAUACCUAUUACAUUCACAAAGGAUAAUCGUGUACACAUUGGACCAAAAAUUGAAAUGCGUGUUGUUACAUUGGGUUUGGAUGGUGCUGGGAAGACUUCAGUUCUGUUCAAAUUAAAACAGAAUGAGUUCAUGACUAUGCUUCCAACCAUUGGUUUCAAUGUGGAGACAGUGGAAUACAAGAACCUGAAGUUCACAAUCUGGGAUGUUGGAGGACAACAUAAACUGCGUCCUCUGUGGAAACAUUAUUAUCUCAACACUCAGGCAGUUGUAUUUGUGAUUGACUCAAGUAACCAUGAUCGACUUGCUGAAGCUCACAGUGAACUAGCCAAACUUAUGUCUGAGAAAGAACUGAAGGACGCAUCUCUGCUGAUUCUGGCAAACAAACAGGACAUUCCGGGCUGUGCAACAAUAGAGGAACUGACAGAACAGUUUGCUCUAUAUAAAUUAUGCUGUGGUAGAAGCUGGCAUAUCCAGGCUUGUGAUGCCCAGAGUGGGACAGGUCUCCAUGAUGGAUUGGACUGGUUGUCACGACAACUGGUGGCAGCAGGGGUGUAUGACAUCGUUUAAUUAAAAUUAGCAAUUACUGAUAUGUUCUCUUACCUUCCUUCAGUUGAGGUUCAAAUGCAGUGGUAGAUGAUACUGUCUUGUUACAGAAGGUGGGUUCAUAUGUUUUACUAACCCCAUCUUGUUACACUUCUACCGGAAGGCAUUGAAAGAACGCUCAGAGGCCACAGAAGAUAUUAGGACAGGUGAUCUUAUAUGCAUUUUGCCCAGAGAGAGAGAUCUUCAGAGAGUAACCAUUGACAAGUAUUCAUGUAGAUUUACAGUAAAUGAACAUGGGCGGCAUAAGUAUGUUACACACUUGUAUGUUAAUUGUGGUUUAGCUAAGAUACAUGUAUAGGUUAUUUACAUUAACCACAUUUUAGAACAAGCUUAUGGUACUGCUGUUUUUGAUUAUUUGGAGAAACUAAUUUGGAGUUAUACUAGGUGAAUUUUCUGUUAUGUAAUAAAUAAAACAAAUGUGAUAUUGAGUUUGUAGCCAUGGUGAAAUUAAGAAGACAGGACUCUUGGCAAUGAAAAAGUUUCUGAAAUUCAUAUUAAUUUAGAAUCUUGUGCUGAAGAGGGGUCACAGUAAAUUGGUAUGUUCUAGAAUGAAUUAUAUUUAAACAUGUAAAAAAGUGAUAAAACCUCAUUCCCUGAGACCUUAACAGAUAUUACGAAUGUUACAAAUGGAAGGUUUAGUAUUUGGUGUCUAUGUUUGUUAGUUAAACUCCAGCAGAAGAAACAUGGAUACAAAAUGAGAUUUAGUUAUUGUAGUUUAUUGAACUGAAAUUUCUGAAUUAUUCUUGUAUCAAUUUUAAAGUAUCUGCUGCUUCAUAUAGUAGCCAGUAAGAAAACAACUGGAAAAAAAAAACAUGAUAUUUUGUUCCCAGAAUGGAGAUUGUCAGGAUUUUGAACAUUGGUUUCAGCAAAAUUCAGAGGAAAGCUCUGACUGUACCAGUGUUAUGUUACAAUAAAGUGGGUUAGACAUAGGAUCGGUAACAUACAGUAGACCCUUAACAUAAAGCAGAUGUCAGAGGGAAGCUUCAUUAGCCAUGCUAUAAGUGAAAUUGACAUUUAUUUAAUUUUGGAAUCCCUUUUAUUAAAUAUACAGUAUUUAUGCAGUGACUAAAGUAUAUACAUGGAAUAUAAGGUACAUUUCAGGUUUGAGUUUCACCUGUGCUACGGGCACAUAUUGUUGUAUGUUACUUGCAUCUAUGCCUCCUUGCUAAAUAUUCUAGUAAUGUAGUUUGUUAGAAUCAAUGACUGUAUUUUAUCAGAACAUACUUCUUUAUACUGGCCAGACAGAGCAAAUGAAGGUGUUCAAUAUUAGCCUGUUCUGAUUAUGUCGUCAUUUCAUCAAUAUCUGUUUGGCACUUUACUGAGGUUCGGUGCCAGUAUUUCACAGGAAUCAUCACUGUUGUUUUCUGAGUCACUUCCAGUAUCACCGACUCUAAGUUCACCUUUUUAUCUUCCCAUUCUUUACAAAAGAUGCUGUGUCCUUAUCACUAAGAUGCUGCACGUUGGGAGUUUGUGCGUCUACCCCAAUCCAAGCCACCAGGUCAUCUCCUCAGUUACUACUGAGUACAUCACAUGCAGCCUUCACAUCUUGUUUUGGAAAUGGAAUUACACUUAUCUUAUGUGACAGUAUCUUUCCAGCACAAGACAUAGCUUUCCUCCGAGCUAAACCAGUGCUGUCUGCAACAGACUUUAGUGUUAAUAUCCCUAGAAAUUCAGUAUUUGGAGUUCAGAAUUUACAUCACCAUGUAGCUUACCAUGAAAGUAGGCUUUGAAGGCUUAAAUAGUGCCUUGGUCCAUUGACUUAAUCAAUUUGAUGAUAUUCUUUGGUGGAAAUAUAGCUCUGAUUUUUCCAUCUUUCAGUUUCAGGACAUCAGCAGAAGGAUGGGAUGGUCAUUAAUACUGCAGUAGUAAAGCCUCUUCUUCAAGGUCUUUGGAAUGCAAAUGGCAUUUUGCUGAUGGCACAGAUUCACUUUAAAACGAGGCAUUAAAAAAUAGUAAAGCCUGUUCUUCAAGGUCUUUGGAACGCAAAUGGCAUUUUGCUGAUGACACAGAUUCACUUUAAACUGAGGCGUCAAAAAUAUCACAUGCUAUCCAGGCACUGUAAUUCUUUUUGUAGGUCACAGAUUUCAUGUCUACAUGUUUGAAACAUGACUUCUGACAUUUUCUGAUCCAGAAUGGUUUUAGCUUGUGAUUAGCACUCUUGCUGGAACACAGGAGUGAGGUCAUUCUUUCUUUGUUAGUUUCUUUACCUACUUCCCCAUAUUUGAAUGCGAUGCUUAUUACAAACAAAAUUUUUCAGUAAUUUGUGUAAGUGUAGCUACCAUAGGUAACAUCAACGUACGAUGGGGUACCCAAAAGAAA